CUGCGGGCGGGCGGCGGCGGCGGCGGCGGCGGCGGGGAGGAGGCGUCGCCUUCGUCUUCUUCUUCUUCCCCCCCGGCGGCGGCGGCGGCGCGGCUGGAGUACUACGAGAGCGAGAAGAAGUGGCGGAGCAAGGCGUCGGCGCCCAAGCGGGCCAUCGCGCUCGACGCCUGCCUGAACAUCCACAAGCGGGCCGACGCCAAGCACAAGCACCUCAUCGCCCUCUACACGCGCGACGAGACCUUCGCCCUGGCGGCCGAGAGCGAGGCCGAGCAGGAGGCCUGGUUCCAGGAGCAGACCGAGCUGCUGCGCGACAGCCAGGCCGCCGGCCAGGGGACCCAAAAACGCCUCGGCCCCGCCGCCGCCCCGGCCUACCGCGAGGUGUGGCAGGUGACGCUGAAGGCCAAGGGCCUGGGCCAGAGCCGCCACCUGACGGGCGUGCACCGGCUGUGCCUGGCGGCGCGGACGGUGGGGCUGGUGCGCCUCAACUGCGAGCGGCCCUGCGUGACGCUGCAGCUCAUGAACAUCCGCCGCUGCGGCCACUCGGACAGCUUCUUCUUCAUGGAGCUCGGCCGCUCGGCCGCCACCGGGCCCGGAGAGCUGUGGAUGCAGGCCGACGACGCCGUGGUGGCGCAGAACAUCCACGAGACCAUCCUGGAGGCCAUGAAGGCCCUCCGCGAGCUGGCCGAGUUCCGCCCGCGCAGCAAGAGCCAGUCCUCCUCCUCCUCGUCCUCCUCCGGGGGCGCCGCCGUCGCCGGAGGGGGCUUCUCGGCCGUGGGCAGCCGGCCCAUCUCCGUGCCCGGCCGCCGACACCACCACCACCACCACCAUCCUCCUUCCUUGGUCGCGCUGCCGCCCAGCCAGACGGGCAUCCUCCGGCGCUCCCGCACCGACACCCUGGCCGCGGCGGGAGGAGGUGGCAGCGGCGGCGGGGGCAGGGGCAGCAACAGCAGCCGGGCGCGGACGGCCAGCGAGGGCGACGGGGGGCGAGGGGGCUCGCUGGCCGGCAGCCCCCUCAGCCCGGACGCCGGGCGCACCCUGCUCAGCCGCUCCCACACGCUGGGCACUGCCUCUUCCUCCUCCUCCUCCUCUUCCUCCGGCCGGAGUGGCCGCUCGCUAGCCCUGGGCCACUCGCCCUCCCUGCUCUCCAAGUUGGCCCUGGAGCCAGGCCUGCUCUCCAAGCGGCCCUCCAGCAGCAGCGCCUCUGCCUCCGGCUCUCCCAGCGACCCUGCCGCCUUCAUGGCCUUCGAGGACCUGAGCUCCAGUCCAGGAGGGGACCCACGGCCCUUCUCCUCCUCCUCCACGGCCAGCAACCACAGCAACACCCCUGAGACCCCUCCCGGCCAGCAGCUGGACGGCUACAUGGCCAUGGAGCGGGGGCGCCUCUGCUAUCGCCCUUACCUGUGGGAUAACGCCCCCCGGGCGGACAAAGCCCCCCGGAAGCGAACCUACUCCUUGACCACGCCGGCACACCAGCGCCCCUUGCCCCUCCCGCUCUCCUCCGCCUCCCUGGACGAAUACACGCUCAUGCGGGCCACCGUCCCUGCAACGGGGGCCUCCUCCAGGACGGCCUACAACCCUUAUCCCGAGGACUACUGUGACCUGGAGAUUGGCUCCGGGGGCACCAGCAGCAGCAGCAGCUCCCAUCUGGGACCCAGCGAUGGUGCGGAGGAAAGCUACAUGCCCAUGAGCCCUGGGGUGGCAUCAGCCUUGCCGGGGAAGCCUUGCUCGAACCCUUACAUGCCCAUGAGCCCCACCAGCGUCUCGGCCCCGCAGCAGAUCUUGCAGCCCCGCUCCUACAAGACCAGUAGCGAGAGCUCUCCCGACGACAGCGGCUACAUGCGCAUGUGGGGCCCCGGGGCCCGGCUAUCUGGGGAGAGCACUGACGGCUGCCUGGGCAACGGCGACUAUCUCAACAUGUCCCCUGUGCAGCUGCAUGGACCUUCCACUGCCUCUGCUUCGCCUCUGCCUUCCCCGGAUGGCUUUGGGGUCCUGGGGCCCGGGGGGCGGCCCAGCUGCUUGUGCGGCCCGUUGACCCACGCUUCCCAGAGUCGGCCGAGCUCUCUGGGCCAGGAGAAGGACAGUGACCAGUAUGUGCAUAUGAACUCGCUAGCGGGGAGGUUGAUCCAGGCCCCGAAAGGGGAGACCUCGUGCAACCACAUCGUGAUGCCUUUGCCCCUGCGCCACAGUCAGACAGACAGCUCCCUCAGCCAGCAGGCAAGGAUGCCCGCUCACAGUGGCAUGCAGCCCAGCCACCGUUCCUUGGGGACCUUGCUGCUGGGUAGGAGCAAGGAGCCCUUUCCAGGUAAACUCCAGUGCCCCGGUGGGGGGGACUAUGUCAGCCUGGGCUACGCAGUGGCGCCACCUGGUGGUCUUUUCUCACUUCGCUCCGGCCUGGGUGGGCCUCCCGGCUCUCUUCUUUCCAACUACAUGAACCUCAACUUGAACGGGUCGCACUCGGGGGCUGUUUCAGUGGGAUCCGUGGAAGACGUCCUGUUACAGGGAUCCUGCCCCAGCCUGGGGCAGCCGGAUGAGCAUUACCUAAAGAUGGAGAUGGGGGUAGCCUGCCUUUCGAGCCCAUCUUCUGAAGUCGGGGACUAUGCAGAGGUAGCUUUUUCAACAGCCACCACCCCGCCUCAGCCCAUUUCACACAAGCCAGAGAGCCCCCGUGUCGCCAGCCCCGUGGCCGGCCUGAAGCGACUCACGAUCUCUGGGGUGGAAGCCUUCCUCUUUGCUAACCCGCCUCCCGAUCCCGACCACGGAGCCAAAGUCAUCCGGGUGGACCCUCAGGGGCGCCGGAGGCACAGUUCGGAGACGUUCUCCUCCACGACCACCGUGACCCCGGUCUCGCCUUCCUUCGCGCACGUCCCCAAGCGGCACAACUCCGCUUCUGUGGAAAACGUGUCCCUCAGGAAAAACGAAGGCUUUGUGGAAGAGCAGAACAGUAGUCCAAUGUGCCGGGAGACCUCGGCCGGCUUCCAGAACGGCCUCAACUACAUCGCUGUGGACGGGGAGGGAGACCAUCUGGCGAAUGGCAGCCAAGCGAGGCACCUCCUCAACAGGAGUAUCAAUGACACUUACGCCAGCAUGGACUUCCUGGCCCACAAUGGGAAAGAAGCUGCUUCCGUGAAAGUUUGUUAGAAUUGUUACCCUGUUGAUCCCAGAGAACAAGAGA